GUCUUUUCAUAACAUCAUACAACGCACUCCAAAAUCCAAUAUGCACUACCGAAUUCUUCCUAUUGCCAUUACCGUCCUGACCCUCUUGAUUGCAAGCACCUCGGCCAAGACCACUUUUUGCUAUGCGGAAAAUGACUGUGGACCAUACUUUAAAUGCGUGGAAGGACCUUUUAGUAACAUCAAGUACUGCUGUGCCAAAUCUGGUGUUGAUCCCGGCAUGAACCCUUGCUGCAACUCCGAUGCUGAAAUGACCCAUAACGCUACUGGUCACUUCUGUGGAUAAAGGAACAGAUACGAUCUGACAACUGUCUUUCUUUGUUGACCGUCAAUCACAAUAAACAGGCUGAAUAGCCAUUCAAAGGAAAAUAAAUCUACAAGAGUAUGUUGGGAUAUGUGUAGAAUGAGUAAGUAAGAGGGAGAGAAGUAUAUGUAUGUGUGCACACAUGGG